AUGGCCGUUGAAGUCGUACCUCUCACUGAGGCAGAUAUCCCUGGUGCUAUUGAAAUUAUUCAGCAGGCAUUUGCAGAUGAUCCUUAUUUCAAAUGGGUCUUUGAUUCGUCAAAGUUCAACAAGCAAAGAAACUACGAUUCCCUCGCAGCACGCUGCCAUUGGGGAAUCAAGAAUGCACUAUUCCACGUCGCAAAGGAAACCCAAUGUGUCGACUCCAAGUCCCCCAGCACCCCAAUCCCAAUCCUCGGGGUCUCCUGCUGGCUAGCGCCCCACCCGCCCACGCAACCAGAGAGCUGGUACUCCUGGUUCCAAUCAUGGACCCUGUCAUUCAACCAGAUGCUGAAUAACAUUCGGUACUUUGGCCGCGGCGGGCUGCGCACGAACAGGUACUGGAUCUGGAAACAGCGGCAGGCCGAGGCCCAAGCUGCCAUAUGGGAUGAUCCGCGCGGGUACUAUUUCUGCAAUAUUGUUGCUGUUAGCCCCGAGGCGCAGGGGAUGGGUAUUGGGAGGUUGUUGUUUGAGGCUGUUACAAAAAUAGCGGAUGAUGAGGGGGUCAAGUGUUAUCUCGAGAGCUCGAAGAAUGUGCCCAAUGUGGCGAUCUAUGAGCGUAUGGGCUUUCACAUGAGUAAGGAGAUGGAGUGUCGGGAUGGGGUGGAUGCUUGCAUGUUGUACUGCAUGGUCCGGGAUCCGAGGAAGGAGUGA